AUGUAUUGUACAAGAAGGAAGCGACUGCAGCUGAGCCGGGUUUUGUUUCUCCUUUCCGGGGUUUUUCUCUGUAUACUCUACCAGCUGACCAUCAGUGCCAGACUGCAUGAGCCUUUGCCAAUGCCUCAGAUUGGAGGGGAUUUUGGAGAAGGUUCAACAGAGGGGGUUGAGGAGGCUACAGAAGAGACUCAGGGUGUGGAGGAACCUCUCACUGCAACACAUGAAUUAGAGCCCACGGAUCAAACAACUCCAGAGAUGCAUGUGAAACAUCACUCGGAUACAACUUCAGAUUUUAAAGCAUUGAGCCCCACUGAAUCUCCUCUACCACCAACUACAAACCGGACUAUUGUGCGUUGCAUCUAUGUGGCCCCCGAGCCUCCACAGGAGAUACCCACACCAGCUCCAGCUCCUCCUUUGACCACCAUCACUCCAGCUUCUCCUGGUGAAGCUCCACAUAUAAAGGGUGAAUACCCUGAAGAUAUUUUCUCUGUUGAUGACCGUAGACGAGGCUGGGUGAUCCUCCAUAUUUUUGGGAUGAUGUACAUGUUCAUUUCACUUGCAAUUGUGUGUGAUGAGUUCUUUGUUCCUGCACUGGGAGUAAUCACGGAAAAGUUAGCCAUCUCUGAAGAUGUAGCAGGAGCCACCUUCAUGGCUGCCGGAGGCUCUGCUCCUGAGCUUUUCACAUCCUUAAUAGGAGUAUUCAUCGCCCACAGCAAUGUGGGUAUAGGAACAAUCGUUGGCUCAGCAGUUUUCAACAUUUUGUUUGUGAUUGGAAUGUGUGCUUUGUUUUCACGGGAGGUACUUCAUCUAACCUGGUGGCCACUUUUUAGAGAUGUAUCCUUCUACAUAAUUGGCCUCAUCUUACUCAUCAUCUUCUUCUUGGAUAAUGUCAUAAUGUGGUGGGAGAGCAUGAUGCUGGUGGCCUGUUACACUGUCUAUGUGAUUUUCAUGAAGUUCAAUGUGCAAAUAGAGCGGACCUUCAAGGCCCUACUCAUCAAAAACAAGAACAUUAUCAGAAUUAUUGCUGUGGAAGAACCUGAAAAGAAAAAUGGGGACGCUGAAGAUAUUGCCCGACCUGCUCCAGAGGACAAUAAUCGGUUAAAGUUGAAGCCAUCCCUUCAGCGAGGAGGAAGCUCAGCUUCUUUACACAACAGCACCAUGAGAAACACCAUCUUCCAACUUAUGAUCCACACAUUAGACCCUCUAGGUGAGGGGAAAUUUAAGGAAAAGGCUGAGAUUCUGAAUACUGUGGCAAAAGGGACGGCAGAGAGCAAAACUCAAGACAAAAGUGAAGAUGGACGAGGUAAAACUGAGCCAGUCAAAGAGCCAGAGGCUGCCCCAGCCCCAGAAACAGAGAAGACGGAGCAACCAGAGAAUAAGAAGGUAGUCUCCAACCAUGUCCUGGUGGUUAUCAAAAAGCCCAGAAGUCAGUCUUUGAUAGCUGUCUAUGAGGAUUUGCCAGCAGGAGAUGAUGGGUCAGAAGGCUCCGACAGUGAUGAAGAUGACAGCGAUGAAGACAGCGAUGAGUCCAGUGAAGAAGAAGAAGAUGAUGAGGAGGAAGAUGAAGAUGAGGGGGAGAAAGAAGAGGAGCAAGAGGAUGAACCUCUGUCUUUAGAGUGGCCUGACACGCCACGUAAACAAGCCACCUACCUCUUCCUGCUGCCCAUAAUCAUCCCUCUGUGGCUCACAGUUCCAGAUGUUCGCAACCAGAAAUCCAGAAAAUUCUUUGCGGGCACCUUCCUGGGCUCCAUUCUGUGGAUUGCUAUUUUCUCCUACCUCAUGGUGUGGUGGGCCCAUCAGGUGGGUGAGACCAUUGGCAUCUCAGAGGAGAUUAUGGGCCUGACUAUCCUGGCUGCAGGGACAUCCAUCCCUGACCUCAUUACCAGUGUGAUAGUGGCGCGUAAAGGCCUGGGGGACAUGGCUGUGUCCAGCUCUGUGGGGAGUAACAUCUUCGACAUCACAGUGGGCCUCCCAGUGCCGUGGCUCCUGUACUCAUCCUUCCACAAUUUUGCUCCAGUGGCUGUCAGCAGCAAUGGGCUCUUCUGUGCCAUCGUGCUGCUCUUUAUCAUGCUCCUCUUCGUCAUUAUCUCCAUUGCAUCCUGUAAGUGGAAGAUGAAUAAGCUGCUGGGUUUCACCAUGUUCCUGCUCUACUUUAUAUUUGUGGUGCUUAGCGUGAUGCUGGAGGAUCGCAUCAUUAUCUGCCCUGUUUCCAUCUGA